GUCUCUUGAUCCUCCAUUCCGGUAUAAAAAUACAAAUCGAAAGAUAAAUAUACGGAUAUACAAUUUAUACACCUAUAUAUGUAUGUCAUGCUAAAGCCAUAAAGCUCUCACGCACAAUACAAGCAAACAAUCGGGAGCAGAAAUCUGUGCCGGCGAUUCCCGAUUUGAACGCGGAUAAGGUUCUUGCGAAUCACGAUAUUCAAGGUUUUCUACUGUGUCAUCAUCUUUGGCUGGCGGUGAUGGGGAGUGAGGUGGAGGAGGAGAAGGUAUUCGAUGCGGAAGCUGCUUCUUCUAUGAUGGAGAAGUUGAGAGAGAGCUUUUCGAGUGGAAGAACCAGAAGCUAUGAGUGGAGAGUGACUCAGUUGAAGAAUAUUUUGAGGUUUUGUGACGAGCGCGAGCAAGAUAUCGUUGAUGCUCUCCGGAAGGAUCUAUCCAAGCCCGAGUUCGAAUCCAUCAUCUAUGAGAUUGCAAUGUUGAAAAACUCAUGCAAAGUAGCGCUUACGGAGCUGAAACAUUGGAUGCUUCCAGAAAAGGCUAAAACUUCCAUGACCACAUAUCCUUCAUCAGCUGAGAUAGUUUCAGAACCAUUGGGUGUUGUAUUGAUCAUUUCAGCAUGGAAUUAUCCUUUUUUGUUGUCUCUUGAUCCAGUUGUUGGAGCAAUAUCAGCUGGUAAUGCUGUGGUUUUAAAACCAUCAGAAAUUUCUCCAGCCUCCUCCUCAUUGCUUGCGAAACUUAUACCCGAAUAUUUGGAUAGCUCUUCCAUAAAGGUGGUUGAGGGGGCAGUUCCAGAAACAACUGCACUACUGGAACAGAAGUGGGAGAAAAUAUUUUAUACAGGCAAUGGAAGAGUUGGACGUAUCGUGAUGGCUGCUGCUGCAAAGCACCUUACACCUGUGGUUCUGGAGCUUGGAGGAAAAUGUCCUGCUGUUGUUGAUUCAGGCAUUGAUUUGCAAAUUGCGGUAAGGCGGAUAAUGGUAGGCAAGUGGGGUUGUAAUAAUGGACAGGCUUGCAUUUCUACUGAUCAUAUUAUUACAACAAAAGAUUAUGCUCCAAAAGUGGUGGAUGCUUUAAAACAUGAACUGGAGAAAUUUUAUGGGGAGAACCCUUUAGAGUCGACAGACUUGUCCCGCAUUGUUAACGCAAACCAUUUUGCUCGUCUGACUAAGUUCUUAGAUGAUGAUAAGGUUUCUGGUAAGAUUGUCCAUGGAGGUGAAAGGGACAAAGGCAACUUGAAGAUUUCUCCUACCAUCUUGCUAGAUGUUCCAAGAGAUUCUUUGAUAAUGAAUGAGGAGAUAUUUGGUCCCCUGCUUCCCAUUCUCACGGUUGACAAAGUGGAAGAUAGCUUUGAUAUAAUAAACUCUGGAACAAAGCCUCUUGCAGCUUAUUUGUUUACCAACAACAAGAAGCUGAAACAACAAUUUGUUGCAACUGUUUCUGCUGGGGGUUUGGUGAUCAAUGACACUACUGUUCAUCUUGCAGUUCACACAUUGCCAUUUGGAGGAGUUGGGGAGAGUGGGACGGGGUCCUACCACGGUAAAUUUUCUUUUGACGCAUUUAGCCAUAAGAAGGCAGUUGUGUAUCGCAGUUUUGCUGGUGAUGCAUCUAUUAGGUAUCCACCAUACACACCUGGAAAACUAAGAUUGAUGAAGGCUUUGUUAGGUGGUAGUAUAAUUGGCAUAAUUCGUGCUCUGCUUGGUUUUAAAUGACAAUGAUUGUAUUAAGUUUUAUCUGGUGUGAGUUUGUUUCUGUUUCCUAAGAUAAAACUAUCCAAAUUAGUUUUAUAUCCGAAUGGUUCCAAUCUGUUGUUCUGGUGACAACGAUGAUAACGCUACUUCUCAUACCCUUUUAGUUUAUUUAUGUCUAUUCUUGUCCCUGCAUAAUGUGAUAUAUAGUUUGAUAUGAUUUUUGUUCUCAA